AUGGCGUCGAAUGAUCUGGACGAAAACAUGGGGCGUGAUCCAGACUCUAUGAUCUUGCGCAGGGCUCACUUUACCCAUGAGCUCGAAGCAAAGAAGAAGCUCAAUUCCACUUUGUUAACUAGCUUCCCUGCCAUAGGUGGCCUACUUGUUGGCUAUGAUUUUGGCUGCAUCAAUGGACUUCUGCGGUUCGAACCCUUCAUUGACGCAAUUGAGGGCUCUAGAACAGUGGAAAUGUCUAGAAACAAUGUGGCUCUUAUUGUUUCCCUACUCUUCUGCGGUUGUAUUAUCGGGGCCAUUGCCGGUGGUGCUCUUGGCGAUCGACUGGGUCGUAAGUGGCUCAUUCAGCUUAGCUGUGCUGUCUACGUCUCGGGUGUUUUCUUUCAAAUUUCGUUUGAUUUAUAUGAUGCCGCCUUCAUACUGGUCCUUAUUGGCCGCCUGAUCGGUGGGAUCGGCACCGGUCUCAAUUAUGUUGGGACUCUGCUAUACAUGACAGAAACAUGUCAUUCUUCCCUCCGAGGGUUCUCACUUGCCGCAUAUCAAGGAUGUGUUGCUUUAGGCCUACUGAUAGCCGCCUUGAAUGUCUAUGCAGUUGAUAAGCGUACCGACAUAUCUGCCUACAGAUGGCUUGUUGGGUGUCAAUUUAUCUGGCCUGCAGUUUUGGCGACAGCCGUUUCUAUGAUCCCCGAAUCGCCACGUCAUUUGGUAAACAUAGGUCGCAAUGAAGAGGCCUACAGGGCUUUAAUUCGUCUGCGGGCUCCACGGUCGCGGGACAAGUCAGAUAUCCGGCGCAUACAGAUGGAGCUGAGUGAAAUCUAUCUCAGCCACGAGGUUGGCUUAGGUCCAGAGAAAGUCGCUUUUCGAAAGGUUGCAAAGGAAUGGCUUGGCGCACGUUCAGCCAACUUAGUGGUGCACCCGUUGACUGUCAGUAUCCUUCUACAAACUAUGUAUCAGUGCACAGGCGUAAGCUUCGUCACACUCUCAGCAACCUCGCUGGCUAGAACUGAUGAAGCUCUAUGUGACCCACUUGUGAUCGCCCUUGUGCUUUCGAUUGUCCAGCUUUGUGGCACACCUGUGUACAUGUGGUCAUUCAAGAAGUUCGGUCAACGAUGGACGCUUAUUGUUAGCGCAUUGGCUAUCUCGACUUGCCACCUUCUCACUGCCAUUGCCGGUAUGGCAGCCAGUGUCACUGACAAAAGCUUGGUGGUCGGUCGUGUCCAACUCGUUCUUGUUUCCCUGUUCGUUUUGCUGGUCGCAUCGAGCUGGGUCCCUGCAGUGUGGAUCAUUAUUGGUGAAAUUCCUUGCACCGCCACGAGAUCCCGUGACAUUGGGAUUUCCGCCGGGGUUCACUGGCUAUGGACCGGCGUCAUUUCCGCCACCACGCCAUACCUUGUUGAGGUCGAGUGGUUGAGGCGAUCUGGCAUCUUUUUUAUAUUUGCAUGCCUAUGUCUAUGUAGCUCGUUGUUUGUGUACUUUCUUGUCCCUGAGACGAGUAAACUAUUCCUUGAGUAUAUUGAGGUGAUAGUUCGGGAAUCUGAUCCCCGCACUAUGCAAGAGUGGAGGCCUGAUGUUACUUUCGGUUGGCGGAGAGAUCCUAGAACUGAAAUGCAGUAUUGCCGAGUGCCCCGAAUCCGGAGACGCUGGCAAUCACACACAAAGGAAAAUGCUAGUGACAUGUUAGAGUAG